AUGGCGACGAAGGUGCACACAUUAGAUGAUGAGAAACCCAAAGAUUUGAAGUUUAAUGAUUUGGUGGUUGAUAUUUCAUUCCAUCCAAACCGUGAGGUGAUUGCUGCAGGACACAUAGGAGGAAAUGUAACAAUUCACACUUACUCCAACACUGAAGACAGUAAUGAAUUGAUGAACUUAGAACAUCACAAGAAAGCCUGCCGAGCUGUUAGAUUCUCCAGCGAUGGACUCCAUCUCUACACAGCAUCCAAAGAUAAAUCCAUACAAGUUGUAGAUCUUAACACAGGAGCAGUCAAACAUAAAAUCAAAGCUGCUCACAGUUCACCUAUAUACAGUCUACUGGUAACUGGAGAAAACUUUCUAGCUUCAGGAGAUGAUGAUGGCUGUUUAAAGCUGUGGGACAUUAGAACUAAGACAGCUGUGAUGGAUAUGAAGGAGAAUGAUGAUUAUAUCAGUGAUCUGGCCAUAGAUAACCAACAGAAAAUCUUACUGGCUACAAGUGGGGAUGGUACUUUGACAGCAUUCAAUGUCAGAAGAAAAAGAAUGGAAAUCCAGUCAGAACUGUUUGAUUCUGAGCUUCUGUCCUUGUCAGUAGUGAAGGGUAACCAGAAAGUUUUGUGUGGGACAUCUGAGGGUGUCAUUAAUAUUUUCAACUGGGGAGAGUGGGGGAAUAUUAGUGACAGAUUUCCAGGCCAUCCUCUGUCUAUAGACUGCAUGGUUCCCAUUACAAGUGACAUUGUCUGCACGGGUUCCAGUGAUGGAAUUGUGAGAGCAGUUCACAUCCUCCCAAACAGAUUCCUGGGUGUGGUGGGGGAGCAUGAUGAAUUUCCUGUGGAAAAUCUAAGUCUUUCUCAUGAUAAGACAAUACUGGCAAGUUGUUCACAUGAUCAGACUAUUAAAUUCUGGAGAGUUGACAAUCUUAAAAAAGAAAAAGUAAACACAAGGAAAAGGGCCAAGAAAUCUAACAAACCUAAGUAUUUGGCUCCUAAAGAUGACUUUUUUGCUGGACUUGCAGAGGGGGAAUCCUCCACCAAAGAUAGUGAAAAGAAAGAUGAUUCCGAUUCAGAUGAUGAUGAAGAUAGUGAUGAUGAUGAUGAUGAAUAAAAUUUGUAUUUACAAAA